GACGUGUGCUCCGGCUUUGGGCCACGACUCUUCAAACCUACCACAGCCAAUCGACAGUCUUGCUGAUGAACUCAGCAAGCAGAUGUUCAUUCCAGAAAUACGCCAGUCGAACACCUGGGCGGCGGCGACCGGGACAUCGCCAUCCAUUGUCGCUGGUUUGUCCAUGGCCUCUUUGGAGGUUGAUGAGGAUUGCAAUAUGGACCUCGCGAUAGACGAUAUGAAGGAAUACCAAGCCGUCGCCGACUGGAAGAGAGCACGACGCCAGCGUCACAGCCGAUUUGUCAACAAUCCGGACAAUGCCCCCGCCAUAGAGGCCCGCAUGAAAGAAAUGAUCUCACAAGAGUCGCAGUGCAACGUCCAUCCAGCCCUGCCCCUUCUUUCUUUGCCGUUGACUAUACCUGCACAUCCGCACGUACCCAAGAUCGAGGCAGACGGCUUUCCCGAGACUGACUCAUUCGCGAGUUGCCUAGAAGUAGACGAGGGCUUCUGUGACGAGAGUGAAGAAUUUCUUCUCAUGCAAAGAGCCCUGGCUGCCGACAAAAGAAGGUUGAUGGGCAGCACGUCUGAUUCUAUACGGAAGUUCGGACCUUUGAGAUAUAGGGGCUCGGCUGAAACGGCUCUUCGGUGUCACAAUGUUGUCAGACAGCGACCCAGGAUGCGGCGACGGAAAGGGCCAGGACCAACUCCGGAGCCUCGACCGGCGCAUAAGGCCUGAAGGCUUCGAAUGGCGACGAUGAGUUCUGGCACAACAUACCAAUUUUAAUGUUCAAGCGUCGGGAGGUUAUUUCAGCGAUAUACCCAUGGGAUCGGAGCACAUGAUGGCCGGCUUUCGGCAACGGCGUUGAUACCACAGACGGUAUCCGGUUGAUUUUUACAACUCAACACUAUCUUUUCAGCAGAAGCCCAAAAA